UGUCUGUUAAUGUAUAGCAUCUACGUUUCCGUCACCCGGUAGAGAACAAGGGGGGACGGGACGGGGCCAUUAGAAACAUGGCGUGGAGAGGAUGUUUAUUAAAAUGGACCAAAACAGAGCUGAUAAAUCUUUCAGAUGUUGCCCGAGGUAGCAGGUGCCCCCCCCGGCCCCAGCAGAGGUGUGGUUUCCGCCGCGAAGCCCGGAGACCAGAAACCAGGAAGGGCAACGUUGCUGAGGAAACGGCCCCCACCCCCCCAGAUGCUGUGGCCCCUGGCAGACCCCCCGCCGGCAGACCCCCCGCCGGGACCCCGGCCCCCGGGGUCCUGCCCCUUCCCCCGCCACCCCUAGCCCCCCGGCCCUCAUUACUGAAGCCCCUGGUGUUCACAGUUGGGUUUACAGGCUGCUCCUUCGGUGCGGCGGCCAUCUUGCAGUACGAGUCUUUGAAGAGGCAGGUGCAGAUGGCAAGAGAGGAGCAGGAGGCAGAGAGACUGGGCCAGGGCUCCCAGGACAUGAGUGUGUGGCACUCCUGGUGGAGGCAGCUUCCAGAGCUGCAGAAACAGGCCAUCAUGCUGCUGUCCCUGCUGGACGACACCUGGAGCUCCCUAACCCAGGGCCAGCGCACCGCCACUGGUAUAAUAGUGAUGAAUGCAGCAGUGUUGUGUUGUUGGAGGAUCCCCUCCCUGCAGAGAACCAUGAUCAAGUACUUCACCGCCAACCCAGCUUCCAAGACGCGCUGCCUACCCAUGAUCCUCUCCUGCUUCUCUCACUACUCUGUUCUGCACCUGGCUGCCAACAUGUACGUCCUGUGGACCUUCUCCUCCACCAUCGUCAGCCUGCUGGGGCCUGAGCAGUUCCUCGCUGUCUACCUCUCCGCUGGUGUGGUCUCCACCAUGGUCAGCUACUCCUGUAAGGCUGCCACACGUCGCCUGCACCCGUCUCUAGGAGCGUCGGGGGCGGUGAUGGCAGUGCUGGCGGCAGUGUGUACCAAGGUACCAGAGGCCAAGCUGGGAAUCAUCCUCCUGCCUAUGAUCAGCUUCACUGCUGCCAACGCGCUGAAGGCUAUCAUUGCCAUGGAUACAGCGGGGCUGGUUCUGGGAUGGCGUGUGUUCGACCACGCGGCCCACCUGGGCGGGGCUUUGUUUGGAGUCUGGUACGUGGCCUACGGACACAAGCUGAUCUGGAGGAAGAGAGAGCCACUGGUCAAGUUCUGGCACAGCCUACGAUCCCAGACCCCGGGGGGGGGGCGACCGGGGGGGGCGGGGCCCUAACCUGGCCUGCGUGUGUGUGUGUGUGUGUGUUUGAGGAAUGGAAUUGUUUGUGAAUUAGAAGACUGUAUAUACACAUUUUUUUGAAAAAUGUGUGUGUGAAUGCAUGUGAGAGAUGUGUGUCUCCUGUGAGGUGUUGGUAAAUUGAGUGUGUGUGUCCUGUUCUGGAGCAAAACCACAAUAAACUUCCUCAUUGACCCAAA